GCUGAGCCUCACUGGCUUCAGGAGCUGCACACUCUGCCCAGGCGGUUCAGGUGGGACAGAAAGUGGGAUCCUGGAAGCAUUAUUUUCUCUUCACACAGGGAGCAGCUUAAAAUGCAUGCGGAGAUGGUCCUGAUCUUGGGCGCUUCAAGUAUGCUUUGGACGCUGUUUGCAGCUUCUCAGGCUUUUAAAAUCGACAUCUCUCCGGAGGACAAAAUUCUUGCUCAGAUUGGUGACUCAGUCUCACUGACUUGCAGCGCUGAUGGCUGCGACAGCCCGUCUUUCUCUUGGAGGACCCAGAUAGACAGUCCGCUGAAUGGGAAGGUCAGGAACGAGGGAACCAAGUCCACCCUGACCAUGGCACCCGUUACCUUCGACAACGAGCAUUCGUACCUGUGCACAGCUUCGUGCAGUUCUGGGAAAGAGGAGAAGGGGAUCGAGGUGGAAAUCUACUCUUUUCCUAAAGAUCCAGAGAUCCAUUUGAGUGGACCACUGGAGGUCGGAAAGCCGGUCAGAGUGAAAUGUCUGGUCCCUGAUGUUUACCCAUCCGACAGGCUGGAGAUAGAUUUACUGAAGAACAACCAGCUCGUGAAGAAUCAGGAAUUUCUGGAGGAUUCAGAGAGAAAGUCCCUGGAAACCAAGAGUUUAGAAGUAACCUUUACUCCUAUCAUCGAGGAUAUUGGAAAAAUCCUUGUGUGUCGAGCUAAAUUACACAUUGACGGAACAGAUUCUGUGCUCACAGAGCGAGAGACCAGGAAGGAACUGCAAGUCCACAUCUCACCCAGGAAUACAGUCAUAUCUGUGAGCCCUUCAACAAGCCUGCAAGAAGGUGACGCUGUGACCAUGAAGUGUUUCAGCGAGGGGCUGCCGGCUCCAGAGGUUUCCUGGAGCAAGAAGUUAGAUAAUGGGAACUUACAGCUCCUUUCUGGGAAUUCAACUCUCACCUUAAUUGCCAUGAGGAUGGAAGACUCUGGAAUUUAUGUGUGUGAAGGGGUUAAUCUAAUUGGGAGAAAUAGAAAAGAAGUGGAAUUAAUUGUUCAAGAGAAAUUGUUUACAGUAGAUGUCUCCCCUGGGUCCCGGAUUGCUGCUCAGAUUGGGGACUCAGUGGUGUUGACGUGUAGUGUCACAGGCUGCAAAUCCCCAACUUUCUCCUGGAGAACCCAGAUUGACAGCCCGCUCAGUGGGAAGGUGAGAAGUGAGGGGACAAAGUCCACGCUGACGCUGAGUCCUGUUAGCUUUGAGAAUGAACACUCUUACCUAUGUACAGUCACCUGCGGGCACAAGAAACUGGAGAAAGGAAUCCAGGUGGAGCUCUACUCAUUCCCUAGAGAUCCAGAAAUUGAGUUGACUGAUGCGCUAGUGAUGGGAAACCCUGUCACCGUAAGCUGCACGGUUCCUGAUGUGUACCCUUUUGACCGCUUGGAGAUUGAAUUACUUAAGGGGAAGAGUACUAUGAAGUAUAAAGACUUUUGGGGAGACAUGAAUCGACAAUCCCUGGAGACUAAGCGUUUGGAAGUGACCUUCAUCCCCACCACCAAAGACAUCAGAAACGUUCUUGUUUGUAAGGCUAAGUUAAAUAUUACUGAACUGGAGUUUGAACCCAAACAAAGGCUGAGUUCGAAGACACUUCAUGUUAACGUUGCCCCAAAGGAUACAACCAUCCUAGUUAGCCCCUCUUCCACCCUGGAGGAAGGUAGUUUUGUGAAUUUGACCUGCUUCAGCAAUGGCCUUCCUACUCCGAAGAUCCGUUGGAGCAAGCAACUAAGUAAUGGGGCUCUACAACUUCUUUCUGAAAAUUCUACUUUCACCUUGAUGUCUGCAAAGAUUGAAGAUUCUGGUAUUUAUGUGUGUGAAGGGGUUAACCAGGUUGGAAUAAGCAGAAGAGAAAUCAAAUUAAUUAUUCAAGUUCCACCAAAAGACAUACAACUUACAGCCUUUCCUUCUGAGAGUGUCCAGGAAGGUGACACUGUCACCAUCUCCUGCACAUGUAGAAACGUGACGGAAACGUGGAUAAUCCUGAAGAAGAAAGCAGAGACUGGAGACAAGACUCUGAAAUCUAUAGGUGGCACAUACACCAUACGCGAAGCCCAGCUAGAGGAUGCAGGGGUUUAUGAAUGCGAAUCGAAAAACGAAGUUGGCUCUCAGUCAAGAAGUUUAAAGCUUGAUGUUAAAGGAAGAGAAAAUACUGACUAUUUUUCUCCUGAACUUGUUGUACUCUAUUGUGCAUCCACCUUAAUGAUACCUGCCAUUGGAAUGAUCAUUUACUUUGCAAGAAAAGCCAACAUGAAAGGGUCAUACAGCCUGGUAGAAGCACAGAAGUCAAAAGUGUAGCUAAUGUUGAAAACAACCAAUCAGAGACAGUAUUUAUCAGUUCCAAUCCUUAAUGUUGCUCUUCGUUCCACGGGAAAAACAACUAGCUGAGAAUUCAGAGUCCUUGAAUCUGGAAGAAAAUGGCUGUCGGUGCCGCUUGCUGUGAGCAAAAAGUUAAAGGAAAACUUUCGACCUGAACACUGCCAUUGAGAUGUGGUGGCUGGAGCAGUUCCUUGUUGUGUCUAGUCGAGAACGUAAUAUGUAAAUAUGUAAAAUAAAAUUAUUCCGGAGAAGCAUUGCUUGGCAGAGCAGCACUCUAUAUGGAGAUCCCCAAGAUAAUCAGUGUUCCUUGGGUUUAUUGUUAUAACUUAAUGUAUCUUAGAAAAAGUUAACGUUAAUAUUGACUGGCAGCUGACCUAUGUCACCUUUCUUAUAUUUUAUAUCCUAUAACCAAAUUUUAUUUCUGCAAAGGUCGUUGGCAAUAAUUUCAUAUUUUGUGAAAAUGACAGUGUUUUAGAUUUCUAUAGGAAAUGAUAAAUCAAGAGGGCAUGGGGUUGACUUUCAGGUACGAAAUACCUCAACCAAUAAAGGUAUAAUGGUUGAUUGGAUUUCUCAAUAUGGUACUGACAUGGUACGGAGAUGUUUUAUGGUGUGGCUUGCUCACAAGAUUCUUGUGUAACUUUCCUAAAUGGAACUUCUUUUGAUUUUCUUUUGUAAAUGCUCAGAUUUGGGGUUAGUAAAGUGAUGAUUCUAAAACUGAAGACCUGUGUAAUUUUGAAAAAUAAAUUGUCUCUUUUUAUCACAUUGUAGCUCUUUUUGAAAGACCAAGUUCUAAGACUGAAGAAUCCUAAACAAAAGUAAUAAUAAUAAAGACUCACUAUGGAAUGUGA